GACAAGGACGGCAAGGACAAGGCUCUCCUCGACGACCUGUCCGGCGAUUACGUCGCCAGCGCGGAGGACUACGCCGCCAUCCAGGAGAAGAAGCGCAAGGCCGCCGUCGGCCUCGCUCGCAUCCCCCUCCCCAACGAGAAUGUCAAGUUGGGUCUCUACAACAAGCGUCCCAUCACCGGCUCCAACGUCGUCCGCAUCUCCACCAACUUCGAGCAGUUCGGCGUCGCCGUGGAGCCUCAGAACUGCAUCGAAGUUGUCACCGCCGACGCCGACGCCUGGCGUGCUCUCGGCAUUCCGAAGGCGUGGCCCGCUCCCGACGUCGACCCAAAACAGGCUAUCCCCGCCGUCGACAAGUUCCCCACCGUCCUCGAAGCGGUCACCGGUCAACAUCGCAUCGCCGCCAUCGAGGAACUCCUCCGCAAGGCCGACGAGGAAGAGGUCCGCCCCAACGAAAUCAUUAACGCCCCUGACGACCACUCCGCCGACGACCUCGUCUGGGCAAAGCGCACACUCGCGUUCUGGCAGAAGCGCCGCGAGGAAGUCGCGUACUUCCCCAUUAUCAUCUAUGACAAGAAGCUCCUCGACAACGAAACCCUCUGGAAGAUCGCUUCCAACGUCCGCCUCCCUAACCUCGCCGAAACCGAGAGCGAGGCCACCAAGAACACCCUCAUCCGCGCCGGCGAAGCCAUCUUCGAUGGCAACGAAGACCAGUACCGCCGCAUCCGCGUCCGCGCAGCUACCGCCGGCUCCAAUCGCCAGUCCCUCCGACGCAUCGCAAACACCUCCGACUACCUCCGCGCAACAGCCGAGCUCCUCUCCAUCCCCACCCUCCGCUCCCUCGACCUCAAGUCCCUCGACUCCUUCCAGUGGCAUCGCGAGGACGCCUUCCCCACCCCCUCCGCCGCAUCCCGCACGCUCACAUCCGUCGGCGGCUUUAUGCUUUUCCACAUGGAGGAGGCCUAUCGCGCCCUAUCCCUCCUCUGCUCAGGCCCCUCCUUCACUUUCGACUUCGCCCUCUCCAAGUCCCGCAUCAAAGCCCAUAAACUCCUCUUCGCCAACAAGAACAACACGCCCGAGUACCUCGACAUCGUCGAGCAGCUCAACGACGUCUCCAUGGUCUUCGCUCGCAGCUCCGUCGACUUCCACCACUUCUCCGUCGCUCUGCACGACACCCUCGACGAAGUCUUCCUCAGCACGUUCGGCAACCCCCCUCGCAUCAACGACUUCGUCGCCGCCAUCGGCGAAUACUCGCCUCCCGUCGGCUCCUCCGCGCGCUCCCUCCAAGAGUCCUACCUCAAGAACGCCCUCGAGCGUCUCAAGAAGGGCGACUUCGCUCCUCCCGCCAAGGUCCCAAAAUCCCAGUGGACCGACUCCUAUCUCCUCCGCGCACGCUUGAGGGACCGCCUCGAGUGGCUCGUCUCACCCGACAUCUACCGCCCCUUCUUCCCCAUCGUCACUCGGUCCGUCCUCCUCGCCCUUCCUGACGUGUACAAGCGCAUCAACACCAUCCUCGUCGAGAUUUGCACCUGGCUGGAACCUCUCAUCAUCGAAAACCUCUGGGUCGCGCUCAAGAAGGGCGAAAACAACUGGCGAGACGCGACCAUGGCCCUUCGCCUCCGUCUCACCGUAGACUUCAACAAGGAUAUCGUUCCAAAGUUCUUCUGGUUCCUCCUCUCCCUCCGCUCCAAGGCCCUCGUCACCGCCGAGGACGCCCUCGUCCUCGAUCGCAACAUCAUCUUCAGCCAGGUCCCCAAGAAGAACAAGGACUCCAGCCUCACCCCCCUCAUCACCAACCUCGCGAAACACAUCCAGAAGCCGACCGAGGUCGCCCGUCCCCCCAGCGUCUCCGACCUCGCCCUCCGCUUCGCCACUGGAACCAUGUGGGGACGCUCCUUCGACGAUCCCUCAAAGAAA